CCCACUUUCGUCGACGUCCCCUGCCUCGGGCCCCUCUCCUCUCCAAGCCCUCUUUGCUGCUCUUCUUCUUCCCGUCCCUCCCUCAGCAUGACACGAUGGGCUGACCAGGCCGCACGGCUGUCGUACUUCAGUCAGGGAAUUCCCAUUCCGGCUCGGCCAACUUGUUCACUUACGGCGACGGCCUGGAAGUGGCGUCGCUUUGGGUGCAUUAGAAAUAAAUUAGCCCCGACGGCUCGAGCGAAAUUCGCCUCACUUUGA